UCAUCGGUAAUUUUUAACUACACGUCAUGCAACGUGGAUCGCGAUCGCGCGAAAACCGCGAUACUGCGAAACUGGUCAGAGAGCAAAAAGAUCUGAAGUAAUACCAUAGUUUCCGUCAACAUUUCGAACACACCGAUUUAAUGAGCUGAGCGAAUGUGAUUCAUUGUGAUAUCGUGUCGUCGAUGCGCCAAAAUACCUAAGUAUAGUUGAAGCUAAAUUAUUCUAAAUUUUUAUUAUAGUAAGAGUAAGGUGUAGUGCACAUGUCGCCGGUACUCCAAAAUAUGCUUGAGUAAAAGUGAACUGGAACUGCCGACAUUUGAAGCUUUGGAAUUAGAUUUUAAUCAAGAAAAAAACGCAUCGAAAAAUUGAUAGGUGUUCACAAUGGAUGCAAGUCGAAAACGUCCGCCAAAUAGAACGAACUUGGACAAAUCUGUGUUUCUUGCCAAUCUCCCGAGCCUGCGAGAGAUGGCAUUUUAUCGAACAGCACUUCAGUUAUGGUACAGUUACAACACACGUCGUCGUAAGAGUGCACCACUAACAGAACGUGAAGAAAAAAUUUUCGAUAAAUUGGCCGAAAAAUUGGCAAUCAGUUCGCACAUGAUGAAAAUACUGAAAAAAUGUUUGAAAAAAAUUCGCGAAGAAACGAAUCGCUGCAUUCGGUAUUUUGAGAAUGGCUUAUUUUCAAUCCACUUGGACGAGUAUAAAAUCUCACAAGUUGACUGCAACUGCUUCGCAUGGUUCCCGAAUGGUCAAAUUGAUUACAAAAAUACCGCCAUAAAAAUACUAUCAUCGUCAAAACUGACUGAAGAGCAAAAAUUUGCCAUCAUGUGCAAAUACUGCUUGGUAAAUGAAUUGGAUACUUUUCAUCUGAACCGGCUCCCAACAAAUUUCAUCGAUAAAGUACGUUUUGACAGCGAUCCCCUGCUGUUUUACUGGAUUCGUUAUCUGAGGAGAGAACUGGACAAAAUUCCAUCAAGAUUUCCCAAUUCAUUGGACGUUGAAAUGGCAUUCAAAUGCACUACGGAAUCCAGUCAAGCCUUUGAAUUCUUCUGGGAUCAUCUAAGUACCGCAAAUCAAACACAGUUCAUUAUUGAAAGAUUAAAAUCAUCUCAUUGCUCGCCACCUGACAACUGCAGUAGAUUGUUCUACAAGAUGUCUGAAGAACAAUUAACUCAUUUAUUAAUUUUUCACGCUGAUUACAUCACACCAACCUUCCUAACAUCGAUGAACAUGCCUCGGUGUGCAAUUUGGGCCUGGAUGCAUUCUAAAAAUCUGAUAUGUGAUGAACAAUUCGUUCACAUGAUCUGUUCCAUACUAGUCAACUACGAUGUAACGGCUACUCGGGGCAAAGUCUAUUACGAAGAAGAAAAAAUGAGCGCAUUUAUGGAAAUAUGGGACACAUCAACCGAUAGCCAUAAAAAUUAUGCUACAGAGAAUGAGCAUUUAGAACACAUCGUCGUCAAUGACAUACUGCACAGCGCACACAAAGUAUCGCCAAGCGGUUUAACAUUCGUGUUGGAAUUUUUAUCCAUGAAAAAUACACAUUACAGGAAAAAAGUCAUUCUUGAAAGUGAUUUACGAUUUGCACUUCGUAAUGAUUUUGACGCCAUAAACAAUAUACUCGAACUAUGUUUACCAAAUCCAAUGGACAAGGAGGAAUUCAGAAGAACGAGAAAAACAUCGAUCAUGAUGCCUUUCUUUUGUGAAAUUUUAUAUUCGCAAUACGAUUAUGACGAAUUGAAAAAAAGAUUGACGUCUUGCCUGAAAAAAUUGAACAUCGAUUUGUACUACGUGAACGAGUUAAUCGAAUGGAUUAUUUUUAUCGGUUUUGAAAAUAGAAAGAUGAUUAAAAGUACCGACAUUUUCGAUGAAAAAGGUUGGGAAAAACUGAGCUACUUCAUCAACGACAUUUUUCCAAAAGAUCUUUCAUUAUUUUUAGAAAUGAAAAACUCGUAUCUUUCUUCAUUGGCUACCGAUAAUAGACCCAACCUAAACAGAAAGUACACAAAUUUAAGCCAAUUAUGCAAAAUGAUCGAACUCGAGUUUGUAUACGAACAUCAAAAAUACUUGAAGCGUAAAUGUAUCACAUUUUUCCAAAAAACACAUCCUCAACAAUGGGUUUGGUAUGUUUCCAAGCAACAGAAAUUUACCAGCAUUUUUUCAUGGUGUUUUGAAAAUCACAAAACGGGAUUUCCUGAAUUCAAAUAUUUAUUACCUGUUAAUGAAAUUUUCGACGAAGUUUUUAGACAAUAUUAUUCGAUAACUCGAUUGUAUUCUCUCAUCACUGUUUUGGAUGAAUUUCUGAAAUGUCAUUUCUCAGGCAAAACUAACGAAUUGAUAGCUUUUAAAUCACACAACAUGGAUAAUCCAGAUGUAGGCGAAACAUUAAAAUAUCUGGCCGAACACGACGAGGAACUUUAUGAAGAGGUUUUGAUCUGGUUCAACAGUCCCGAGCUUACUGGCCAUGAAUAAGUAUCCUAUCAUCAACUUCACCAGCCCUGACUAUUUUCAAGACAAACUAUUCAACGAUCAAAAUUCAUGAUUCGACCAUGCAAUUUUUGGACAAUUUCACGAGUUUUAAAAAAAGCAGGAUAAAUUCAACCUGAAAAAAUUCAAUAAUGGAUUUCAAAAUGGAGAAAAAUCUACCAUCUGCGGAUGAAUUAAAGAAGAUCUGCAGCAAAGGAACUGGAAUUUCAACUCUAAUGAACCGAUGAAAAUGAUAUUCUUUGUAAAUAAAAAUUAGGCACUCA